AUGCUUUCUCGCUUCAUCUCCAAAUCUUCCCAAAUUCAUCGUCUGCUAACCCUAAUCCCGUCACAGACCCACCUCGUCUUCCCCAAAUCUAUCACCCGUAGCUCCUUAUUUUCAAAUCCCGCGCACCAUUUCGCCCCGAGAAAUCCCCAUUUCUCGUUUUUCUCUACAAGCGGGAAAAAUGGAAACUCCGGAGAUGAUUCAGCUACCUCAACCACGGAUUUGUGGAAAAUGUCGUCCGAUUUAGACGGAGACAUCGAGUCCGUGUUCUCCAUUGAUUCCGGGGACCUCGAGGGAUUCCGCAGUCCGAACGACGGCGUAGCGGAUGCCGGAGAUGGUGGGUCCGGUGAUAAUUUUGGGGGUGUGGCGGAGAAUGGUUCCGGCGGCGGGAGUGUGGAUCUGGGGGCGGAAGAAGAUUUUCAACCUUGGAGUUUUGCGGCGGAGGAGAAGGAGAAGUCGGUUGAGGAUUUGUUUGGUAUUGAGGCAAAGGCGGGGAGUAUCGAGGAAGGGUUGAGUGGUUUGGAAGAUGGAGUGGGGAAGGAGAUCGAUAGGGUCGAGAAGAGCGAGGAGGAGAAGCAGCUUGAAUCGGAGGCCAAGGCUUUAACGGCUGUUCUCCAAGGCCCAGAUCGUGCAUUUGGCGAUCUUAUUGCCUCAUCGGGAAUAACCGAUGAGAUGCUGGACAGUUUAAUUGCACUGAAGGAUUUCGAAGGAAUCAAGGGACUACCCCCUCUAUCCGAAAUCGAGGACAUGCGUUACCAAAAGAACACCAAGAAGUCGAGCAGAGCCGAAAUCGAGCGCCAGAAGCAAGAGGAGGUGGCCAAGGCGCGCGUCAGGCAAGUUGAUGCCAAGGGAAGAGCUUAUGGGACGGGAAGAAGGAAAUGCAGCAUAGCCCGUGUCUGGAUCCAGGCUGGUGAGGGGAAAUUCUUGGUGAACGAUAAGGAGUUUGACGUGUAUUUCCCGAUGAUUGAUCAUCGUGCAACCCUCCUUCGGCCUUUCUCAGAGACGAAAACACUGGGCAUGUGGGAUGUCAAUUGUACUGUCAAAGGGGGUGGCACCUCAGGCCAAGUUGGAGCAAUCCGGUUAGGCAUCAGCAGAGCAUUACAAAACUGGGAACCCGAAUUCCGUCCUCCUUUGAAACAAGCUGGUUUUCUGACGAGAGAUCCGAGAGUUGUGGAGAGGAAAAAGCCCGGCAAAGCGAAAGCAAGGAAAAGCUUCCAAUGGGUCAAACGUUAG